UGCCCUUUAUAAUAAUCACGAAGGCCUUUCCAUUCCACCCCCUUUUCUCUCUCUCUUUCUCUUCCACUUUCCUUCUCUUUCCACUCUCCACACUCCAAUCCCCCCACGCUCCACAAAUCCAACCGCUGUAUCUAAAACCCUGCUCUCUCUCUCUCUCUCUCUCUCUGGAACUGUGGGGUUUUUGGGAGAGGGGGGAAACCAAGAUAGCGCUGGUUCCGGCGGAGUUUCCGUCUGUCCGCCGCCAUGGACGAGGCGACAAAGGUAGUGUUUUCGAGGAUCCAAAGUUUGGAUCCAGAGAACGCUUCCAAGAUCAUGGGCUACGUUUUCAUGCAAGAUUUUGGCGAUCAGGGGAUGAUUCGUCUGGCUUUUGGACCCGGGACAGUGCUUCUGUCGCUUGUCAACCAAGCGAAGGCUCAUUUGGGACUUUCGUCGAAUUCUUGGUCCGCAUCGUCUUCCCCCUCGCCGAGCAGACCCAUCCCAUUGCCCCAAACUUCGUCCCCUCUCAUUGUCGUCCCGAACAAUGCGUUUCACGUGUUGAACUCUUCGUCGCCGUCGUCGCCAUGGUCUGUUUCUGGGUUUUCCGAGCAUUAUCGGAGCCCCAGCAACCACGCAAGUCCCCGGCCGGCGGCCACUUCGCUCUCCUACGCUGCGGCCGUCGUCAAUGGAAGCGGCAACAAUGUCGGUCCUUUAUCGUUUUCAGCGCCGCCAACUGGCACUUCGUCGUUCUCGCUUCCGCCGUCGUUCCCCGUGAACAAAGAUUCUUGCGGCGAUAACGACGAGUUCAGCCUUCAAGUCCAAGAUCACCUCUCUUUUCUCGACGAUUCCCCGUCGAAAAACGCCGAUGAUUUCUUGGAUCCCAUAAUGAGUCCAAGUGGCAAUGCCGGCGACCAUCACCACCAUCUCCACAGCCGGAGCUAUUCGGUGAGCGACGAUGUAUUGUUCGGCGGCGGCUGGAACGAAGAUGGACGAACCAGUAGUACUGGGUUGGGGUGGAGGCCAUGCGUGUACUUCGCUAGAGGUUUCUGCAAGAAUGGUAGCGCGUGUAAGUUCUUGCAUGGCGGUUUUGCCGACUCUCCAGAUGUUCCUUCGACUGGCGUUGCUGGCUCACCGAGCAAGCUCGACAUAGACGACAGGUUUGACGAGUUCUUGAAGAUGAAGGCCAUUCAACAACAACAGAGGUUUCUGGCUGCUGGCCUGGGUGGAGGUCCUUUUCCCUACAAUAAAUCCAUGAUCAAUGACUCCCCAAGAUCCACAGCUUUGGGAUUAGGGGGAAGUGGGAAUUCUAGUUCAAGACAGAUUUACUUGACAUUUCCAGCUGAUAGCACGUUUAAGGAAGAGGACGUUUCGAAUUACUUUAGCAAGUUUGGACCAGUUCAAGACGUGAGGAUUCCAUUCCAGCAGAAGCGGAUGUUUGGGUUUGUUACAUUUCACUACCCGGAGACUGUGAAAGCCAUUUUGGCCAAAGGCAAUCCUCAUUUUGUAUGUGAUUCCCGUGUGCUUGUUAAACCUUACAAGGAGAAAGGAAAAGCCCCAGAGAAAAAGCAACUACAGCAACAGUUGGAGAGAGUAGAGUAUUCACCAUGUUUAAGUCCAACCGGGCUAGACUCACUUGACUUUAGAGAGACCUAUGACCUCCCCAGUGGGCCAAGGAUGUUUCGCAACUCUCAAGAUAUGAUGAUAAGGCAACUGGAGCAGGCUGAAUUUCAGCAUGCCAUUGAACUCCAAGGAAGAAGAUUGAUGAAUUUGCAGUUUAUGGACUUAAACAACCCUCAUCAUGGUCGUCAAUUCCAGUCACCACACCUAUUACGGCCCUGUCCCGUUCCCUCUCCAACUCAAUCUCACCUCCAAACCAAUCCGAGUUUAUUGCUUCAAUAUGAUGGCAGUAAUAAGGAAGAUUCAGAAGAGCAUAAGAACUGCUUGGUGGGAAUGAAUUCUCCAACUCUGGCUGAUGCUGAUCAGCAGCACCAGCAGAAUGUGCAGCAAGAAGUAAAAGAAGGUUACAGUAACACCGAUGAUGAUAACAAUAACAAUGGCAAUGGCAAGGAGAGGUGCUCCGAUCCUGAUAAUGAUGAUCUCCCCGAAAGCUUAGAGCACAUUCUCCCUGAUAACCUCCUCUCUUCUCCUACAAAAUCAGCUGGUGGUGACAGUUCUAUUUUUGCCACUGCAUCGGCACAUGCUGACGAUAGCACCUUAGAAACUACACCUUCAUCAAACAGUAUUUCAAUACGGCCUGCGACUGCCCCCAUCAAUGUGAUUUCUAUGAAGUCGUGCUACUUCCAAAUGCCAAGGUGACAGAGGUGACUAUGGCCAAGCAUGGGGGGAUAGCAGUAGCCUGGAAAGGUUGAGUAGCAUAUACAAAGAUGAAAAAGUCCUCUAGUAGCUGUAUAGCCAAACCCAUACCCGCAACAGAAGAAAAAUCUGUAAGGAAGAUCUGCUCUAAGUUUAUUGUCGCCAUAAAUUGGAUAGUACUUAGGACAAUACAUAACACAUACGUAAAUGACAGAUGAACUGAUUUAUGAGAGUGGGGCCUCUCCUUUACUUUU